UUUCUGUGUGCCACGGAGUUCUUUGCCCUAGGAGAAGAUCCUCUCUGGCAGCGCUCUCUUGUAAGUAGAAAUUUCGCGAUCCAUCGAAUCGAUCGGCCGGGGCAGCAUCCUCUGGAUCUAGCUGCCGCGAUCGCAUCGCAUGGCUCUAGUCGCCGCAGCUUGUUCUUCCAGCGCAUCGAACAUCCAGGGCCUAGAUUCUUCCCGGCGCGAGAGGCGACAUAGGGAUUCUAGUUGCUCCAGCUCUAGAAUUGUCGUGGUGAGCAAAUUGGAGCAGGGCAUUCCAGCUGCUGGAUCUAGCAAGAGCUUCGGAAUUCUCAAAGACAGGCGAGAUUUUUCUUCUUCUUCGAAUUUUUUCCUCAAGAUCAGACAUCUUCAAGCCCGGCAAAAUAAUUUGGGCGACGAGAUUUUCAGAUGGCUAUCGACACAGCAAAAGAGCGAUGGCAAACUGGAUUCGUAUGCUACGUGGUGCAUGUCGCUCGCGGUUAUGAUCUCCGUGAUGAUCACACCGGCGGACGCGCAAGCUUUUGUGAAUACGUCAACGCAAAGAUUCCUGUCGGAUGAGCUUGUGACUAUCAACUUAUUCCGGAAUUCGACUCCAUCGGUCGUGUACAUCACAAAUCUAGCAGUCAGGCGAGACGCCUUCACCUCGGACAUAAUGGAAGUCCCUCAAGGAUCGGGAUCGGGAUUUGUCUGGGACAAAGACGGGCACAUUGUUACAAACUAUCAUGUUAUUCGAGGAGCCUCUGACUUGAAAAUCACAAUGGGAGACCAAUCUACGCACGAAGCCUCCAUAGUCGGCUAUGACCAAGACAAGGACGUUGCGGUUUUAAAAAUCGAUGCCAGCAGCAACAAAACAUUACGACCGCUGCCACUAGGGAAUUCUUCAGAGCUUCUCGUUGGGCAGAAAGUAUUCGCUAUAGGAAAUCCGUUUGGACUGGAUCACACGCUAACCACGGGAGUCAUCAGUGGCCUGCGACGAGAGAUCACAUCUGCUGCAAACGGUCGUCCAAUACAAGACGUAAUUCAGACCGAUGCAGCAAUAAAUCCCGGUAACAGCGGCGGUCCGCUGCUCGACAGCUCUGGUAACCUCAUCGGCAUCAACACGGCAAUUUACUCGCCAUCAGGUGCGUCAUCCGGCGUUGGCUUCUCCAUCCCCGUUGACACGGUGGCUGGCAUCGUCGACCAGAUCAUCAAGUAUGGCAAAGUGACGAGACCGGUUCUGGGGAUUUCGUUUGCGCCGGACCAAUCAGUGGAGCAACUUGGCGUGAGUGGAGUCCUCGUACUCGGCGCCUCUCCUGAUGGCCCUGCUGGCAAAGCCGGAUUGCGAUCGACAACGAGGGACGCCUAUGGCCGGCUUGUCAUGGGCGACAUUAUCGUGUCCAUGAACGGGCAGAAGAUUAGCAAAGGCAGCGACCUUUACAAAAUUCUUGACGCCUGCAAAGUCGGGCAGACUGUAAAUCUCGAAGUUCUUCGUGGAGAAGAGACGGUGACCAUGACCAUUACAUUGGAAGCUCGCGACUAAUUUCCGGCCACGGAGGGGUUCCUAGCAAGGAUGGCCUCUAUAGCAUAGUGGUAGUGCGUUCGCUUCGUAAGCGAAAGGUCGCGAGUUCGAUCCUCGCUAGGGGCUUGUGUGCAUUUUAACCGUUGCUAGUCACAACUUUAUUUUGUACGAUGCGAUA